UUAAAGGCAUUGGUUAACUUCGUGCAUGAUUUUAAAAAAAAACAGUGUUCCAGCGAAUGUUGUUAUCAUAAUUUCAAACCUUUGGGUCAAACAGGAACUGCCUGAAGUUUAUAAGCCAAUCGGUAGUGUAUUUUAUCAAGAUAUCUAUGAUUUAAAAUUGAACGCUGAUGACGAUACCAAGGAAUCGUCAUGAACUCGUAGCGGCGACAUAGCUCCCUCUCGCACAGAAUACCGCACAGUGAGCUUCUCCUCGGGCUGGUAGCGGACUGUAAGGCCGCUCUGAAAUCGCCCAGCGCUAGCUGGUUUUGUGACUGCAGCGGAGUGAAUUUAGCACCCUGACUUUGGACUGACUUUGGAUAAAGAUCGAUCGAGCGAAAGCCGCGCCAUUACAUACCGUACUAUCGAGUAGUUUCACAAUAUUAGCGUUUCAUCAUGCCUAACGUCAAACCAAAGAGAAGUGUGUCAGCAGAAAAACUUGCAAGAAGAUUGAACAAGCUAAAAUACGAAAAUACCCACAAAGCGGUGUGGGUAAAGAUGGAGUACUUUGAGGAGCUGCAAAGGAUCGCAAAAAAGGAGAAAUUGAGAUCGACAGGGGAGGCAGCUGCAGUGGCCAUCGAAUCAUACAGUAGGCCUAACCCAACCCCCAAGGCCAUGACACCUCAGGCAGUUGCUACAUGUACUGGAUCACAGACGCCCAUGUCUGUUGCAAGGUUGCCUUUCUUCAACUCCCCACGUGUGCCAAAAUUCAACGAGUCUGAAUGCAACAGCUUGCCUGUCUUCAAUUCCCCUCGUGCGCAAAGAUUAAAGAGGCCGAAAUGUCACAAGAGUCUCAAUGAUGAUAACGACAUUGCAUAUCCUGGUCCUCCAUUUCCGGAAAGUGAUGAAAUGCAUGGAGUGGAGCCGCUUCUGAAUUCUGACGAGGAUGUGACAGAUCAGGACUCUGGAAGACCAACGCUGCUGCAAGGACCUUCACACUCUAAGGAAGAUUCUGAUUCUAAUUUCAGUGUGGAGUGCAUAGAGAAAGGGAACUUCAUCUACCCUCAAGAGCGGAGCGACGACAUCAAGGAGGAGGAUGAUGAUGAAAACUGGCACCCAAAUCACGAACAGAAUAAAUCAAAGUGUAAGAACUUGCCGACUAUACGUGAUGACGAGGAGGUGUUUGGUGUGUUGGAGGAGGAUGCUGAAGUUUCGUGUUCUGGCCUGCACCACAAAUUGGCUUCUGCAUCGGUAGCAGCAAGUACUAAAUUGUUUCUAGUCACUGAUUCCAUGAUCAAGCGCUUGGCUCAGCAGGCAAGGCCGACAUGUGGGAUGUGUCGGGAAAACAACCAAGUUGAUGUCGUGGAGGCAGGCACGUCUGCACAUAUUGUUUGGACAUGUCAGCAAGGACAUACAAGCAGACUCUGCAUGCAGGAAACGGUCAAUGGGUCUCAUGUGGGAGACAUGAAAUUGGCCUCGUCGAUUCUUCUUUCAGGAAACAAUUUCUUGAAAGUGAAGAGACUGGCCGAUUUCAUGAAUCUCCACAUGUUCUCAUCCCGACUGUUUUCUGCUAUGCAGAGUCACUAUUUGUGUCCUGUCAUCGAGGCAGAGUUUGAGGCCACCAUUAAUGCCACAAGGACAAAGCUGAAAAAUCAGGAGAUUGCUGUGUGUGGAGAUGCCAGAAACGACUCCCCAGGCUUUUGUGCCCAGUAUUGCACAUACACACUCUUGGAUCAUCACACAAAAGAAAUCUUGGCAGCCGAGUUCCUGGACAAGCGGGAGACAAAAGAUCGGAGUGGGGGCAUGGAGCCGGAGGGACUGGUUAGAGCCCUAAAGUCCCUUAAAGAUCAUAAAGUGAACGUGAAAGAGGUGAUCACCGAUGCACACCCUACGAUAUCAGCCAUCAUCAGAAAAGACUAUCCAGAAAUUGUCCAUAGUUGGGAUGUGUGGCACGGGGCCAAAAACCUUGGAAAGAAAAUCUCAAAGGCAUCAACUGUAGCAGCCAACAAGAGCCUCAGAAAAUGGACCAAAAAGGUGGUGAACCACUUCUGGUUCUGCUCUGAGACCUGCGAAGGAAACACGCAACUUUUCUUGAGCAAAUGGCGAGGACUUGUGCACCAUGUGACCAACCAGCAUGAAUGGGGUAUAACCGGGGGGCUUGGAGGCGUUGCACACUGCGAGCAUGGGGACAUCGACGAGAGGGAGGAGGAGGAGUGGCUGAAGUCUGGCACAAAGGCUCAUGAUGCUCUGGUCAAAAUAAUACUUGACAAGAGAUUUCUAAAUACACUUGUCAAGUUCAUUAAUUUCAGGCACACCGGCGAGUUGGAAUCUCUUCACAGCCACAUUCUAAUGUAUUGCAGCAAGCGCUUCUCGUUCGGGUAUCAGGCGUACCGGGCAAGAAAUAUGCUGGCUAUGAUUGACUAUAGCAAACACAAGGACAGGCCAAUUGCUCUAGACGCUGAAGGAGAACCAAAGUGCAGAUCCAAGUGGUCAAAACACUCGGCGGAUUGGGUGAUCUUUGAGGUAAAGGUCCCCAAGACUUAUUCAUACAUCCUGGGCAUGAUGGAGGAGAUUCUUCAUCGCAGGCUCACAGACACCCUUCCCCUCUAUUGUGCCGCGGACCCUCACCCCAACGAUCCUCGUAGAAUCAGAGAAAGAUUGGCCCCUUUCCCACCACCACCCAUGGAAGAUCUGAAAGCCCGGAGGAGGAGCCGUUUCUCUACCUAGGAACAGUCAUUACAAGUUUGCAGGGAUGAAUCCGGUGUAGUGAUUGUUAGGGUCAGGAUAUUCGUCCCUCACCCGACAGACCACACAGCUUGGAACAACGACGCGGUUACCUAUACCCAGUCUACCAUGUUGCCAUAAGGUAAAUGAUCUGUAGACCUGCCAUCUUAUCCUGUUGUGCUCUGCACCUGGUUCCUGCUCAUUUCCCUCCCGGUUUUCUAGAUUUCGCCACAUUCUCCUCUGAAGCCCAUUAAAGAACGGAUCCAUCAUUGACAGGACAUACUGCACAAAGAAACAGAAAAGAGGGAACUUUCAUUUAGAAAUAAAUAACUUGUGAUAAGUCAUCUGAUGCAUUUGGUACUGAAAUACUUUUGCUUCUGUGUACAUGAUACAAUCUACUUAUGUUGUAACGCGCACUGAUGCAAUAAGUUUUGUUAUAAAGAGGCAAUUCUCCUGGUCCAAAUCUGAAACAUGUGCACCUGUGUGUGCCUAUUUGUUCAGUAUAAUAAGAUUUUGUUAUGAUAAGGUAAUUGGCUUGCUCCCGAGCAUCUUGUAAUAAUGAGAGUGGACUGUAUUGUUAUGUUCUGUAUGUCAUGGCAGUUUUUGAUGCAAUAUUGGUUUACAAUGAAUACAUUAUUGUAUAUAGAAGCAAACCUUAAUUUUAUAUCUUAGAAUAAGAUAAUAUUGGUGACAAACAUAGCUAGAUUUUUCUGAGUAAUAUUUCCUGAAGAUAUGAAAUGAAUAGUGUAAAAAGUAAAAUUUUCAAAGAUUUCUCAUUCUUCUUUAUUUAUUUGCAUUAACUGGUGCCUGAGUGCACUAUUUAUCAUACAUUCAGAUCCAAAUAGAGUGUUAAAGUAAAGGAAAUCAUGGCAUAUUACAUGAUCACUAUCUGAUUGGAAGUUUAGUUCAUAUGUCAGAGGCGGAGGCAUAUAUAGCAGCAAAGUCGCAUUUGUCUAGUUCAAUUUCGAAGUGAAACUCUUCCAAAUAUUUUCAUUGCCAAACUUCAUUUUUUAUUGGGUAAUGUUGAACGUAGAAAGCCAUAGUGUAAAUGUGUAAAUAUUGUAACAAAAGUAAAGGAAAAUGUGUGCCCAAGUACAUGUUGCACGUAUUGUAUUAUCAAUUCAGAGGCAAGAAGAGUUGAGGAAUUAAAUUUGGUUUUGAAAAACUAAGUUUGAAUAAAACGUGUAAACAGGAGAAAAUGAAAAUGGUGCCCAAGUAGGCCUACUAAUUGUAGUACACUGUUUAUUCUCAAUGCAAAUGUAAGAAGAGUGUGACAAUAAAAGAAAGUGUAAUUUCAUGCAGCGUUACACUUCAAGACGUAUUAUUCAUCACUUUUGCCGAUUUCAUUCACUUCUGGGUUUUCUUUCAUCCAAUUCUUCUUGAUUUUUAAGUAAAACCAUUGAAGCAGUUCAAAAAAUCAUUGUAAAACUUCUAUUUUAUCGGAUAUUGUUGUACAUAAAUUGUCAUUGUCAGAAAUCCUCAAGUUUUAUUUUGUACAGAAAGUUGCUUUGAAUAAAUGUGUAGGCCUGAACAAAAUUGUAUUUUGAAGAUACAUGUAAUAACCGCGUAGACAUAUAAAAAAUAUUGAUUUACCUUACAAUAUGGAAUUUUUUAUUUACGGUUUGAAAUUGGAUGGUGAUAUAGAUUUUUAAUGACAAGACCUAUCGUGUCUUGACUGAAUACUGACCUGUGAUCGAGAAAGGCAAUUUUCUGGCUCCAAACCGCAACAUAGGGCCUCAAUAUCCCUCUGCAUUGGCCUACAAUUGCCACAUGAGCACCAUCCUGGCUGAGGGCUUGGUCUCAGCUCUUCGCGGGGGGGACAGCUAAGUAAGUCAAGCACGAGGCCGCUCUCCCUUUCCACAACACCCAGGAGCACGUCCCGCAUCCUGUCAACAGUUAACCCCGCAAUUAGUGUCUGAAAUAAAAGUUACCAAUAUCAUGUAAAUAGAA